CUUUUAUGUAUGAUAUGAAAUAUUGACUCAAGUUAUCAUAAAAUUAUCAUCAUGGAAAAUGUUGUGAUACAAAAUAAAUUAAAAAUUUUGUUUGAAAAAAUAUCAGAUCCUAAAUAUGUUAUGAACAAUUAUUAUGCAGAUCACUUCUUUAUUAAAAUAAAUUCUUCUGAUCCAGAUGUAACCUCUUUGAAGACAUGGCCUUUAUUGCCCGAUUUAGUAAUAGAAGCACUCAGUCACAUGGAAAAAUACCAUAAUACGGUGAAGGUGUUUCUCACAAGAAUUUUAGGUGUGAUUGUACAAGGAGAGGUACACUUUUCAAAAAUAUUUUCAAAAAAAGGUGACGAGAUCGCCAAGUCAUUCAAUGAGAUAAAUUCACAGAACAUGGAUUCAAGCUUGAGAGUAGCCUACAUGGAAGUAGCUCUCUCUCUUGUUAAUCAUAAUCCUGGCAUCGACUGGCUCUUGGAAAGUGGGGUCUGGAAAGAUAUACUCAGUCUGUGCAAUGAAAAUCGCACCGUUUUUGUUGUACGCCAAACCUAUAAAUUUGCAUCUUUAUUUCUCUGGAAAUUAAACAGCAUAGGAAACGAUGUUAGUAUCAAAGAGAUACUGACUUUCAUUUUAAAGCCGAUUUCAAAUCACGACUUUAUUAGAAUUGAUUCCUUAACCUGUGAAGAAGAGGAUGUUAUUUGUAAGACACUCGAGCCAAUGUUUCAAAUACUGUUAGCGGUUGUGAGCUAUGAAGAUCAUAUCAAAACCCAAAAUUACAUAGUUGAUUUUUUACUGAAAGAUUUCAAAAUGGUUCCAUACUGCUACGUCAUCAUGGAUAGGUUACGGAGAGAAGACAUCAUUCUACUUAUUACGAAAUUUCUAUUUUGGAUGACUAUAGGGAAAAUAUUUCUUGUAAAACCCAUGGCUCUCAACGUAGAAUACAGUCGUGAAGAUUUAAUGGAACUCAGUGUCAACUAUUUUAACACUAUACAAUUUCUAAUUCAGCGUCGCUGUGCAACACUGAUUUUUGAUUUCUGCAAUGCAUGCAAUUUGAUAUGGGGCUGUAUUUGGAACAAACCAAAACCAGCGAUGUGGGAGCUGGAUGGUAGAAAAGUUGAAUUACAGAAGCAACUGUUGGUGAUUUGCCUCGUACCAUCUGUAGUUUAUGCAACUUAUAAGAGACCAUCGGCUGAUAAACACGACGCUAGAGUUAACGAUAUUCUUGCGAAGAUAAUGGAUUCAUCUUGUGAACAUACAGCACGAACUGCUUAUGCCUUGAGAGAUCUGAUGAUGCAGCUGGAUAUACAAUCGAUUACAUUACAAAGUGUUAAGCGCUUGACUUGCUUAAAAGAUAAUUUGAAUAAUGAACAAGCAAAUUUGGUAUUCCAAACUCUAUUCUACGUUUUGCAAGAGUAUAAUCCGAUAAAUGAUAAUGGAGAAUUGAAGACUGAGGAAAAUGAUGAAGACGAUCAAGAGAAAGUGCUCGUGAUGACAUACGUCUUGGACUCGUUGCUGUCGCUUGUUAAGAACUACAAUAUAAAUUGGCAAGAGAGCCUCGAAAUCCUAUGUCUUUACAGCGUUGUUUUCAAAGUUUUGAAGAGACAGAAUCUUACAUGCAAGUUCGUAGUGACAGCAUUAAACGUAAUAACAAUAACGGUUAAGAAGUUCCUCCCGCCAAACCUUUCUUUGCUGUUGGAUGCAAAGCCUGGUUCGCCGAUGCACGAGCUCGGGAAACUCAUUUAUAUGAAGAUGCACGACUUCCACUGGGAGGUGCGAGAUUCAGCGCUCGAGCUGCUGUAUGUCUGUACUGACAUCUCAUUCAUAAAGUUUCCUCCAUUCCAAAAGCAAAUUAUCUCCAACGAUCUAAUAAACGUGGCGAUGACGAUGGUGCUGAACGACCACGAGUACUACGUGCACGUGUCCGCCCUCAAGUGCGUGGGCGCGGCCAGCAAGGUGUGCCCGCUGUGGGAACACCUCAAGGCGCAGUUCCCGGACGUACAGGAGCAACUUCUUUCAAUACUUUCUAAUAAUCCGGAGGGCAUCGUUCGCAAAGAAGCCUGCAGUGUUCUUUGUGAGAUUUAUCAGAAUGUGAAAUUAAACUAUAAUUUUAAGGUUACUCUAUAUGAUCAUAUGGUGUCUGCUGCGCUAAGUGACUUUCAUUGGGAAGUUCAGUUGACUGCACUCAAAUUCUGGAAGAUUGUUAUACAGUCGUUACUAAACGAUCAAGGUAUGCUUGAUGGUACAUUCCCUCCGGUGACAUUCUCCAGAGAAACCCGGAAAAUCGUCACAUUAAAUCAGACAGAAAUCCAAAAACGUUUAAUGAGAAUCCUUGAAGAACUCGCGGCAAUCGGAUGCCUUACCGUUCUACUGAAAUUGCUUCAUGAUGAGACCGAAGUGGAGAUUAUGGACACCGCUUUUACAAUAGCUACGGAAUUAUUAGAUAUCCUCGAUAGAUAUAAAGUUCCAAAAAGUUUGACUCCUAGCGAGAACGAACCGAAAAAUGUUAACGAUUUGCUUAAUAAAAUCAAACUGGAUAACAUUCACGUUGAAAAUUGUGUCGUUGAAGAAUCAGAUAACUCUAAGAAAGCGGAAAAUGUAAUCGAAAGCAUUUUAAAAGCCGACGACAUCAAUUUAUUGGCAAAUAUAUAUGAAAGGCACAUGAGUCUGCAGCCAAAUGAACCAAACAUAACAAGUGUAAGCCGGACGAAAUUCCUAAGAUUUGCAUCGCCAUUUUUAUUUGUUUCUUUCAUAAGAAGUAAAGAUUUCAAAAAAAUUAUUGAACAAAAGCAUAAUUGGAAGCAUGGUAUCAAAAGUCUUUCAUCGUUACUGGAUGAUGUUUUAGGUAUAUAUGAAGUUAAUGAUGAGAUUAACUCGUUAGAUUGUUACUGAGAUUAUGUAAAUUAGUAGAUUAGUAGUUGGAAUACAAAGAAUAUUUGAAAAUAUAUUUUCUUGAAUAUUUUUUAGCCUUUGUUGAAUGG